AUGGAUACUGCUCGCCAAUCUGCAGAUUUCCACAAAAUCCACCAAUCUGUUUGGGGAGAUUAUUUCAUCAACUAUUCACCUCUACAAUCGAGUUUAACAAAAAAGCAGGCAUGUCAAAAACAAAAGAAUGAAAAGCUUCGGGUUGAGAUAAGGAAGAUUCUCCUAGAUACCAUUGAUCCAUUACAAUCCCUUGAACUAAUUGACUCAAUCGAACGUUUUGGAGUGGCCUAUCAUUUUCAAAAAGAAAUCAAUGACAUAUUGUGUAGAGUUCAUAAGAGGAACAUUGGUGAUGAUGAUGAUGAUUUGUACGCAGUUGCACUUCGUUUUCGAUUAUUAAGACAACACAAAUAUCAAAUCACUUCUGAUGUAUUUAUCAAGUUCUUGGAUGAUAAAGGAGAGUUCAAAGCACAUUUAUGUAAUGAUGUGAGGGCUUUAUUAAGCUUAUAUGAAGCAGCUUAUCUUGGAUUUCCUGAUGAAGAAAUAUUAGAUAAAGCUAAAAACUUUUCAAGGGUUCACUUGAAGUCAUCCAUUUACAACGUGGAGCCCUCUUUAGCUCUAAUGGUGUCAAGUGCUUUGGACUUGCCAUUGGUUAGAAGAACCGAUCGACUCAAGGCUAGAAGCUACUUUGAAAUAUAUGAGAAUUAUAACUUGUGCAAUAAAAAUCUAACAGAGUUUGCUAAAUUUGAUUUCAAUUUAUUGCAAACUAUUCAUCAAGAAGAAGUUCGAAUCAUAUCAGUUUGGUGGAAAGAGUUAUGCUUGCCCAAAUACCUACCAUUUGCACGUGAUCGAGUAGUGGAAACAUACUUUUGGAUGCUUGCAGCUUACUCCGAACCAUGCAAUUCACACGCCAGAGUGAUUAAUGCAAAGAUUACACCCCUUAUUGUGGCAAUUGAUGAUAUCUAUGACAUUUACGGAACACCAGAGGAACUCGAGUUAUUCACCAACAUAAUAGAAUGUUGGGACCUUGAAAGAGUUAGUAUGUUGCCAGAAUAUAUGCAACGAUGCUUCCUUGCGCUACAUGAUACUUUGAAGGAAAUUGAGGAUGAGCUAGCACCUCAACACAAGUGUUUUCGUGUUUAUUAUCUUAAAGAAGAG